GUUCCUGGGAACCGGAAAACCUCAAAGAUAAUGCCCUUGAAUGUAUGGAGUUAAGAGCACAGAGCUCAAAUACUUUUUAUCCUAAAACAUGAGAACAGACUGGGUUUGUUCAAGUUGUGAUUUACUUUUAUUAGACAUUGAUGCUAAACCCUCUAUCAAAUUAGCAACUGUUCUACCCAGUGUACAGCCUCUGUCCCAGGGUAAACUAGUAAUAACAGUACACAGGAUGACUUGUUGGAAUAGCAGAGGUGUUGUCAUGGCCACCUUUCACCCUGAAACCUUUGGGUCACCUCAGCAGCUCCGAGCAUUCAGCACGGUCAUGCUCAACCUGGCAGAGCAGCAGUCAGGCUGGUUCAGACCUCACCCAGAGUUCCUCACCAGGGAUUACAGCUGGAGGCCCAAAAACAACCAGUCAGACUUCCCGCCUCUUCACAGGAGCAGAACGGCCUACUACGACAUCCUCCGAGUGUCCCGAAGUGACACCCAAUCCCAAAUCAAGACCGCCUACUACAAGCAGUCGUUCAUCUACCACCCAGACAAGAACCCCGACAACGAGGAGGCCACCCAGCAUUUCUCUGAGAUCAGCGAGGCCUAUAGCGUGCUGGUCCUGAGGAGGAAGUACGACCGCGGCAUCCUCGGUGGGUCAGAGUCCAGGAGGCCGGCAGACCCUCGGAACGGGGCCUCUAGCCUACAGCAGCAUCAACAACAGCACAGGUCCCAGGGGUUCUCCAACGUUGGAGGGAAGGCCAUGUUUGACUUUGAUGCCUUCUUCCAGGCUCACUAUGGUGAGCAGCUGCAGAGGGAGAAGGAGCUGAGGGCCAGAAGGGCCCAGUACCAGCAGAAACAGCCGCAGGAUUAUAAGCAGUGGAAGCUGGGGAAGACGUUGGAGAUUACUGUAGGGCUGCUGCUGGCCGUGAGGGGUCAGGGGUCAUCUUCACUAUCACCAGGUCCUGAUUGUAGGGGUGCUGCUGGCCAUGAGGGGUCAGGGGUCAUCUUCACUAUCACCAGGUCCUGAUUGUAGGGGUGCUGCUGGCCAUGAGGGGUCAGGGGUCAUCUUCACCAGCUCCUGAUUGUAGGGGUGCUGCUGGCCAUGAGGGGUCAGGGGUCAUCUUCACCAGCUCCUGAUUGUAGGGGUGCUGCUGGCCAUGAGGGGUCAGGGGUCAUCUUCACUAUCACCAGGUCCUGAUUGUAGGGGUGCUGCUGGCCAUGAGGGGUCAGGGGUCAUCUUCACUAUCACCAGGUCCUGAAAUAGAUCUUAACCAACCUGUCCCUGCCUGCCUGUUGAGGUUUUGUUUUUGGACUGGUGGUUUCCCUCUCCCCUGGUUAUUCUCACAGCGAACCACUGACAUGAAGAACACCAGAUACUGACGUGGUUAAUGGGCCCUACUUUCCGUAGUGUCAUUAUCAGAACGGAUACCAGGCUUUAGCCUACUUCCUUCUACACAAUUGAUUAUAGCCACACAUACAUGGUCAAACUAUUCUUAAAAACUCAAUCAAACCACAAUGAAUUGAUUAUACAGAGAUGGUUUUGUUUAUUAGAAUCCCUAUUAGCUACUGUUUCUGGAGUCCACACAAACAUAAAAUACAUGACAAGAGUA